GGGAGGGGAUGGCUCACCGAUUACACGCAUACCACUCUUACUGCUAGAAAACACUGAAAACAACCACUUUGGGGAAAUUUCGCCGAUUAUUCCAACCGCUCACGGGAAACGCGACAAAACUGUGAUUUGUUUCGGUAUCGCAUGAGCAGAAAUUAAAGGAAAUAGUUGGAAUGCCUCCUCCUAUCUGUGGUGUCUGGAGCUGGGAGCGACCAUGUUAGGAAGGUGAUAGGAGAGGAAAGAGCAGUCGUCCGGGUCAGAUGAUCAAGAUUAAAGCUACAUCGGCUCAUGCAAAGUGAGAAAUGGAAAUGCGCCUGCACUAGCAAAUGGAAGUACGUGCUUGCCUGGCCGGCAUACUUUGCUUAGCGUAACAAGCAAUGAGAGGGGCAAUAUAAUGGCCAAGAAUAAGGAGCCCCGUCCGACAUACGCUAUCAGUGUCGUCGGACUCUCAGGCACUGAGAAAGAGAAGGGCAACUGCGGCGUAGGUAAAUCCUGCCUAUGCAACAGAUAUGUGCACCCCAGUGCGGACUGCUACUACUUGGAGCACACUUCUGUGUUGAGCACAAUUGACUUUGGAGGGCGCGUGGUGAAUAACGAUCAUUUCUUAUACUGGGGUGAAGUGUUACAUCGAGGGGAUGAUGGCCUCGAGUGUCGAAUCCAGGUCAUUGAGCAGACUGAGUUCAUUGAUGACCAAACGUUCUUGCCUCAUCGGAGCACAAACCUGCAGCCUUACACGAAAAGGGCUGCAAAUACGAAGCUUCAGUCUGCUGAGAAGCUGAUGUACAUUUGCACAGAUCAGCUUGGGUUGGAACAGGAUUUUGAUCAGAGGUUUGAAAAGCUCAUCGUUCAAACUGUCCGAGAUUAUCACACAAGCUGGAAAAUUGUGAGCAAUAAGUUGAAAAGCCACCCAGACUAUAACGAGUACAUCAAUAUAGAAGGCACCAAAAAGGCUAGAAACACCUUUUCGAAGCACAUAGAACAGCUGAGACAAGAGCACAUCAAGAGGCGGCGUGAGGAUUACCUUAAAAGUCUGCCAAAAAUUCUUAAUAAGUUGCUGAACAACCUGGAGGAAAUUGAGAUGCUGAGUUGGACUGAAGCUCAGAGCCUUAUGAAGAGCAGGCCUGAGUUUCAGUACUGUUUCAUUGAGUUAGAACAAACGCCGUGGUAUGAGACAGACCACCUCGAUAAAACCGACGACAGAAGAGUGCCCUUCGAUAUCCUCAAAACCAUGGAAGGAGAGAGGAUUUAUCAAAACCACGUACAGCAUUUGAUAUCUGACAAGAGGCGUUUGGAGAUGAAGGAGAAAUUCAAGAAGACGCUGGAGCGAGUGCAUUUCAUUAGCCCCGGCCAGCCGUGGGAAGAGGUCAUGUGCUUUGUCAUGGAGGACGAGGCAUACAAGCACAUCACCGAAUCAGAUCGCAGGGAUGUUUACAGUCGGCAUCAGCAGGAAAUAGUUGAAAGGGCCAAAGAGGAGUUUCAGGAAAUGCUUUUUGAGCAUGCAGAGCUGUUCUAUGACCUCGAUUUGAACGCGACCCCGAGCUAUGACAAAAUGAGUGAGAUUCAUGCCGUGCUUAACGAGGAACCUAGAUACAGAGCUCUCCAGAAACUCGCCACUGACAGGGAAUCACUUUUACUGAAACACAUCGGGUUUGUCUAUCACCCCACGAAGGAAACGUGCCUCAGUGGCACAGCCUGCAUCGAUCUCAAAGUCGAGCAAGUCCUCGCCAACCGGCUGGUUCAGCUAGAUCAUGGCCGCUCGAAUAUCUACUACAAUAGUGCCAACAUUGAUAAGGUUAACUUGUGUCUCGUGGGCAGAGAAGGAUUGGCGCAGGAGCUCGCAAAUGAAAUCCGAGCUCAGUCCACUGAUGAUGAAUACAGCCUUGAUGGGAAAAUCUAUGAAUUAGACCUUUUGCCUGUGGAUGUCAAUUCCGGCAUGCUUUUGAACCAUUCCUGGAUAUCGACUUUCAAGCCCCAUGGGUUCUUUUGUGUCUUCAGCUCUAUAGAGUCGCUUAAUUACAUCGGUGACCGCGUAAGCCGGAUCCGAGCUGAGAUUGCCCAGAGCAGAAGGGAUAGGUAUAGCCAGCCGGUGCCAUUCAUUCUCAUUCUAGCAAAUCAGCGUGACAGUGUUUGCAAAAACAUGCCUAUUUUGAGGCAUCAAGGCCAACAGCUUGCAAAUAAGCUACAGUGUACUUUUGUAGAUAUACUCUCCGGCACUUUCCCCAGAAAGUUUAAUGAGUCUCAGAUAAAACAGGCCCUCAGAGCGGUGUUGGAGGGAUUGAAGCACAAUUUCGACAUGAUGAGCCCCAUGCCCUCCAUUAAGGAUCUGUCGGAGACAGAUUUGCGGAUAGUCAUGUGUGCCAUGUGUGGAGAUCCGUUCAGCGUGGAUCUCAUUCUCUCACCAUUCUUGGACUCACAUUCCUGUAGCGCCGGACAGCCCGGGCAGUGCAACACAUUGAUCCUUGACAAAAUCAUCGGCGACAGCCGCAGACGCAUACAGGUCACUGUGCUCUCCUACCACUCCUCCAUUGGAAUCAGAAAGGACGAAUUGGUGCAUGGGUACAUUCUUGUUUACUCAGCAAAACGAAAGUCUUCCAUGGCUAUGCUGAGGGCGUUCCUGGCUGAAGUCCAGGAUGUCAUUCCAGUUCAACUGGUGGCCAUUACGGACAGCCAAGCGGACUUCUUCGAGAACGAGGCGAUAAAAGAGCUAAUGACUGAAGGUGAGCACAUUGCCACAGAAAUUACGGCCAAGUUUACCGCUCUCUACUCCUUGUCCCAGUAUCACAGACAGACAGAAGUUUUCACGCCAUUUUUCAACGAGGUCCUCGAGAAGAAGAGCAACAUUGAAAGCUCCUUCAUGUUCGACAACAGCAGGGAUGGAACAGGCACCGGUGAAGACGUCUUCCCGCAGUCACCUCAUAGCCAUUCGCCUGCCUACCAGUAUUACCCUGACUCUGAGGACGAUGGGGAGGGACCGCCACCUUACAGCCCGAUAGGCGAUGAUGUGCAGCUGCUGCCCAAUCCUAGUGAACGGAAGUACAGAAUCGACCUGGAAGGAAACGAGUACCCAGUUCACAGCACACCUCUUGGUGAUCACGAGCGUAACCACAAAGUGCCUCCCCCGGUAAAACCCAAGCCCAAUGUGCUGCCCAAGCCCAACGUUAAAAAGCUGGACCCCAACCUACUGAGGACCAUUGAAGCUGGAAUGAGGACCUCCAGGUGGACACGUGGUCCAAUGAUGGGUCACAGCGAUGACCUUGAAGCAUCUGAUAACUAUGCAGAGCCGGCCGACACUCUUCUCAAAUCAAAAGGCUUCAGUGAUGACAUCUAUGCCGUACCGGAAGACGCACACAGCAGAUCUGGCAGGAUCCGCAAUUCGUUCGGCGGACUCGCUUUGCACGGGGAUGAGGAGAAUGGCUUUGACUCCAUGUCUAAGUCUCAGGGUGGCAGAAGGCCUUCUAAGUACAAACAUCGUUCCAAGAUCCUCUUCAGCAAGACAAAAGCUUAUCAUAGACGAGUGCACUCGGAUGUCAGUGAUGAUGAGUCGGGGCCUGCGACGCAGAAGAAGAAGAAAGGAAGGGGCAACCGAGGAAGUGAAGAAGAUCCACUUCUCUCACCAGUGGAUCCUUGGAAAGGAGGGAUAGACAAUCCAGCCAUCACAUCGGACCCAGAGCAGGAUGAUAAGAAAAUGAAGAAAAAGAAACCACCAAAGACCAAGGAACCCAAAAAGACAAAGUCAACAAAGACCACAAAGCCAUUGUAUCCACCAACUCGUAGGAAUUGGGAAAGCAACUAUUUUGGGGUGCCUCUUCAGAACUUGGUCACACCUGAUAGGCCCAUACCUCUGUUCAUUGAGAAGUGUGUUGACUACAUUGAGCGCACAGGUCUCACCGCAGAGGGCCUUUAUCGAGUGAGUGGAAACAAGACGGAUCAAGACAACAUUCAGAAACAAUUCGACCAGGACCACAGUAUUGACCUGAUAGUGAUGGAUGUAGCCGUGAACGCCGUGGCUGGGGCCCUGAAGGCCUUCUUUGCCGACCUCCCCGACCCCCUCAUACCGUAUUCUCUCCACCCAGAGCUAGUGGAAGCAGCCAAAAUUGUAGAUCAUUAUGAGAGACUGCAAGUGCUGAAGGAAAUAGUGAGAAAGUUUCCUCCUGUGAACUAUGAAGUUUUCAAAUAUGUCAUCACUCACCUCAACAGGGUAAGUCAGCAUAGUAAGACCACUUUGAUGACGGCCGACAAUCUGUCCAUCUGUUUCUGGCCUACGCUCAUGAGGCCAGAUUUUGAGAACAAGGACACGCUGUCCACCACCAAACUCAACCAGUCCGUCAUCGAGUCCUUCAUCCAGCAGUGCCAGUAUUUCUUCUAUGGUGGUGAAAUCACAGAGACCUCCAGCGCCGAGGGGACGCCUCCUCCACACGGCCACGGCUUAGAGUCCCUGCUGGCCCUUCAGCUCCCUCCUCCCCUCCAGCCACAGCAGAUCCAGCACGCGCUGCCCCCCGAACCCCUCAUAUAGACCUCCUACUCACAUUCGGCUUGUACGUGUGCGGAUAAGCCGCUUAAAAUAAGAAGUGAAAAAAAGAACCUUUUUUUGUACAAACGAAGAUGUGACUUGCAUAAGACGUCCCCUGUCCCAUUUUUUUUCUUUUUGUUUUAAUUUUCCCCUUUUCUGUUCCUCAGCCAGUCUGAAUGAGAGAAUAAGUAAAAACCGUAAAGAAAAUGUCAAUGUUAAUUUGACAGUAAAUGUGCACAUUGACUAAUUUCAAACAUGGCAAACACAAGGAAGAUAUAUUUAUAAAACUUUUUUGUUUUGAAAGACAAUGGAGCUGUCAAUGACUCACUAAAACCAACACCACAUGCACGGCUUGCCAUAAUGGCAAAAUGUGCCAUUUUUCUGCUUGUGUUUGUCCCCUUUUUAUUUUACAAUGGACUAAAGAUAUAUUUUUAGGAUAUUUUUAUCUUAAAGACAGCAGUUGUUGUUGGGGUGGUGAUGUCUCAAGGCGUUUGGGAUUGAACUAAUAGGAGUUUAUAAAAUCAGGGGCACCUGCCUAGGAUGCACUUUGUCCUACAGACUUUGAACCAGGAGCCCCUUGUACUCUGGAAACCACAGAAAGGGAAACAGCCCACUGCAACCGUUUGGCACAUCUCAGAGAUCCAGGCUUCAGAAGAUGCCAGGUUAUCUCCGUCUCGUUUCAUGUUCGUUCGUUUCCGUUUCCGCAGACCACCUUCAAAAUUUCUAUGGUUCUGUUGAUUGAUUUCUUAAACUGAAUUUGCAUGUUCUUUGCCACUUUUAAUAACUGAAAGAGAGAAAAAACAUUAAUGCUUAACUGUUUUUAUGCAAGACUUUUUUUUUUUUUUAAAUCUAACA